UUUAAAGUCACGUAUUUCGUAAAUCCCCUUCAAACGUGUAGGAGUGUUCGGUCGGUGAACUAAAAAAGGAUUAAAUUGCUUAACAUGGGUAGACAUUUCCAUUUGGGAUUGUCUAUAGCUCUCCUAACCGUUUUAGGAUACGCGCAGUGUUCAAUUGAAAAAACAUCAAACUAUGGAAAUAUCAGAUCAGUAGAUUUAGCUCCUUCGCCUUUUAAAAGUGAUAUUGCUUUUGCGUUUUUCAAAGAAGCGCAUGAAUUAUUUGCUAACAACUCAUCUAGUCGAGCUAAUUUAGAAAUCAAUGAUCUCUGCAGAAGUCAUUUGGAAAAGAUAUACAGUGGAAUUUUGGACUACCAGGAAUGGGCUUUGGAGUGGCCAGAUUCAUGGGGUCGAAUGCCUAUGGGUCUAUUUUGGGGACACACAAUUAGUAUGGGAGCCUUUGAAGAAUGCAUAGCAGCUUCGCGAAAAUUCUCUGAGACUGAUACAAUUCAUGGAAAAUAUUGUUUAACCCAAGUGCCGAUUAAAAAUCUAUUCUCUCAAGUUAAGCCUCGCAACGAUGCCCUUCAAGCCCGUAUAAGUUACAAACAAAAAGAUCCAGAAAACUUUGAACUCGGUAUUUGUAUUCCAAAGUCAUGUUCAGCAGCUGAUGUUAAUAUUAUUUAUAAAAGCGUUGUCGAGAAACUUACCAAUGAAGUUGUUACUAAACCUAUGGCUAUGGAAAAUUAUUGUAGGGCAGAUGAUCCAAUUGUUCUUCGUGGAAUUGAUAUAUUUGCUAUAGUUUUUAUUUGCUGUAUAGUUCUUAUCAUGAUUUUAAGCAGUAUUUAUGAUGCAGUCCAGCAGAAGCAAGGACUUAAAGGACGUCCUCUAUUUACUGCAUUUUCGGUUUAUUCAAAUGCUCCUAAGAUUUUCACUGUCAAAAAGACUAACAAUCCAAAUGUUAUUCAUUGCUUGGCGGGCAUGAGAUGCAUAUCCAUGAUGUGGGUAGUUUUCGGACAUGGCUAUAUGACCUUCUAUGAACUUCCUCAUCUUGAUAGGAAUAAAUUCUACACUUGGAUUGAAACGCCAUAUUCAAUGUUGGUGCAAAACGCAACCCUUUGUGUGGACACAUUCUUCUUUAUGAGUGGUUUGUUGAUGCUAUGGGGUGCUUUCCGUGAAAUGGAAAAGACGAAGGGCAAAUUAAAUCUUCCUUUGAUGUACUUCCAUCGAUAUAUUCGUUUGACUCCUGUAGUAGCGGUAGUCAUCUUGUACAUUAUGAGUCUGUACAAAUACUCAGGGCGUGGACCUAUGUGGAUGAAGAUCGGAACUCAAGAUCAAAGAUGCUCAGACACUUGGUGGGCAACUCUUCUAUACGUUCAGAAUUAUGUCUUCCCUUAUAAAAUUUGCGUGAGUCAAUCUUGGUACUUGGCAGUAGAUACUCAGUUAUAUGUUAUUUCACCAAUUUUCCUCAUUCCAUUAUGGAAAUGGGGCAAGAAAGCACUUGUUCCAAUAGUUAUCUUUGGUGUUUUGUGCAUGGCAUGUACAUUUGCCACAUUUAUGAAGGAAGGCUUCACAUUAUUCCGUGUCCAAGACGAUCAUGUUGACCUCCGACAGAGACUUACUUACUAUCCAACUCAUACCCGAGUUCCAACAUGGCUUAUCGGAGUAAUCUUUGGUUACUUCUUCUUUAAGUAUAACCGUGGACGUACUAUUGCAAUGAAAAAGUCAUUGGUUAUUUUGGGAUGGGCAGUUGCAUUUGGAAUUAUGUUAGCUUGUGUUUGGGGACCAUACUGGAGAAUUCUUCCAGGCACUCCUAAUGCACCUAUUAUUGAAGGCGCUCUCUACGAACCACUUAGCAGAGCAUCAUGGGCUUGUGCUAUGGGAUGGAUUGUAUGGGCUUGUUAUAAUGGACAUGGUGGAAUAAUUAAUGACUUCUUGUCUUGGAGUUUCUUCCAAGGAUUCGCACGGCUGUCAUACUGUAUGUACGUCAUUCAUAGAAUUGUUCAACUGGUUAAUGGAGCUCGAAUCCAACACGAUACCAAAUUUGGGGAUUAUGAAGCUAUUCUUCGAUUCUGGCACGAUUUCGGUAUAUCAUUGACAUUGUCUAUAUUUGCAACUUUGGCAUUCGAAGCACCUAUUCUGGGAAUUGAAAAGGCUAUAUUCGGUGGAGGAAGUCCACCCCCUAAGAAACCAGCAGAACCUUUGUCGUCUAUUGUAACAGCAGAACCAGCUGUUACGAUAACAACAAAUAUUGAAACCAAAGAUCUAAAGGCUUGAGAGACUUUUGAAUUAGUUAUAAUGUAAAAGUAUUUAUUUUUGUAAUUUAGUCACAAAGAAUUUUAAUUGUUAAUUUUAUAGUCAAGUAAAAUGAAUAAGAUGUACGUUUGACCUAAGAACCUACUUAUAACGAAUAGAUUUGGAUGAUUUAAGAUGUGUUAUGUAAAAAGUAAAAAACUUAUUCAAAUCAAAAAUAUUUUGUCUUGUAUUAUACCAUUUUGUAUUCGAUAUUUAUUUGUAACUGACUGAUUUCGCAAACCAAGUCACGCCAACCAAAAUAUUUUUUUAAAUUCAAAUAAUGUUCGUAGAGUUAAAAAAAAUCAAAUUUUUUAGUUGAUGAUUUGAUUUUUGAAAAUCAUUUCAUAUAAACCAUAUUGUUAAGAUAAUUUGUUAAUGUAAUUAAUACAAACUAAAAACUCAAUUCCAAUAAUAUGAUAAAAACAAUUUGUUCUCAAUAUUUUCAACAUACAAAAAACAAACACAAAAAUAUACCUUCUUAAGCUUUUUAAAUCAAGCUUUUAAGUUAAGUAUUUUUUGAUAAAGAACGUUUGAAUAAUUUAUGAUAAGCUAUGUUUCUACAAUGAAACAUAGAAUUAUUUUCAUUUAAAUAUAUUCUUGGGAUUUUUGAGUUUAGGAAUUAAAUAGAUUAAUUAAAUAUAAAAGUGAUACAAUUUGUCUUUAUGGUUUGUAAAAAAAAGUAUUUUUUGUAAUUUUUAAGAAAAAAUAUGAAUAAAUUAAAAAAUCCAGAAAAUAAUAAUGUUGCUUUUUUGAAGUUUGUUCAAAAAAUUGAUAAAAUCGUCCAAAAAUAUACUGUUCAGAGAUUUGAAAUGAUAGAAACAAAAAUUGAAAAAUGUGUGUGCUUUUAUAGAGACCUAUGAUGUUGACUAUGAUGUUGAAUAAAAUAUAAAAUAUUAGUAUUAUAUGUACUUCAUUCAAUAUGAACUUAUUGAAGUAAUGUCGAUGAAAGUGGUGUCAUUUACAAAUAUUGAAUAUUUAAAAAAAUAUAAAAUAUUUUUAAAAUCUCAUUUUCAAAGACUACUUUUCAUCGAAACCAAAAAUAUGGCAAAGAAAAGCAAAAGUAGGCAACUAUUUCUAAAAUAUAAUAAAUGCUUUAAAGAGGUUACGUGAAACUUAGUUCUAGUGAAAUAAAUAAUUGACCUCAAAUAAAAACUAAAAUACUUAUCCUUUAUUCG